GGGUCUUCCGGUACUAUUAUUAUUGUUUUUGUUUUUUUGCAUGUGAUGAUGCUCUCUCAAGCAAGUACAGCUCAUAAAUGAUAAAUCUUUCUCUCAAAUGAUUAUCAUCCAAUGGAGUAGCUGAUUUGAUUCUUGAAUAAUGUGCUUUAUUUGUUUGUUUGUUUUCUGUGUUCAUGUUUGCUUCCUUUUUCAAUUUUCCAGGGAUUAACAGCCCAUGCCAAGUUCUAUAGUUUUAAUCAUUUCUGAAGCUUUCCCGAGUUUUCAUUUGAUCUGGGCUAUGGGUUCUUCUCUCCAAAUGUGGCCAAUUUUUUCCUCAAAAGAUUCUCUCUUUUACUGAGAUUUGAAUUGUUGGGGUUGCUGGAAAAACGAGAAAGAAAAUGAACCCAUUGUUAAUAGUCAUCCUGGGGGCAUUUUUCUCAUCUAUCCUUGCAGACCCAGUUGAAGAUAAACAAGCAUUGUUAGAUUUCAUUGAACAUAUUCAUCAUCAUUCAAGCUCCCUCAAAUGGAGCAAGGAAGCCUCUGUUUGCAGCGCCUGGAUUGGAGUUUCAUGCAACAGUGAUAAUUCCAGAGUUAUCGGUCUGCAUUUGCCUGGAAUGGAAUUCCAAGGCCCUAUUCCACCCAAUACUUUGAGUAGAUUAUCAGCUCUUGAGUUCUUGAGCCUUAGAUCCAAUGACAUUUCUGGAUCAGUCCCUUCUGAUUUUGUCCAACUCAAGAACUUGACUACCCUUUAUCUUCAGUUCAAUGAGUUUUCUGGUUCAUUACCUGAUUUCUCAGCUUGGGGUAAUCUAACAAUCGUUGAUCUUUCGAGCAACGGCUUCAAUGGAAGCAUUCCUCCUUCGGUUUCGAAAUUGGAACACUUAAUGGCCUUGAAUCUUUCUAAUAACUUGCUUUCAGGUGAUAUUCCUGAUAUCAAUAUCACUAGCUUACAACAUCUUGAUUUAUCCAACAAUAAUCUUACUGGUACCAUCCCCAAGUCUCUUCAAAGAUUCCCACUCUGGGUUUUUUCCGGUAAUAGUAAUCUUUCCUCAUCAGCCAUUGUCCUUCCUCCUCUCCCGGGCCAAGCACCGACCAUUGUCCUUCCUCCUCUCCCGGGCCAAGCACCGAGUUCUCAACCAUCCAAGAAAGUUAAUAGACUCGGUGUACCUGCACUCUUGGGGAUAAUAAUCGGAGCUUGUGUCCUGCUGUGUGUUUUAAUUGCCCUUUUGAUCAUGUGUUAUCAGUCGAAGAAACGAAACCGACGACAAGAACUCCCGGAAAACACACGAAAGAAAGACUUCGCUUUGAAGAAAACGGCUUCUGAGAGUCGUGACAAGAACAACAGGCUCGUGUUCUUCGAGGGGUGUAAUCUGGCAUUCGAUCUCGAGGACUUGUUGAGUGCUUCUGCUGAGGUGCUUGGGAAAGGUAUAUUUGGGGUGACAUAUAAAGCGGCCUUGGAGGAUUCGACAACCGUGGCGGUGAAGAGGUUAAAAGAGGUAGCCUCAGCGAAACGGGAGUUCGAGCAACAAAUGGAGGUAAUUGGCAAUAUCAGGCAUGAGCAUGUGUCUGCACUUAGAGCAUAUUAUAAUUCAAAAAAUGAGAAGCUUGUGGUUCAUGAUUACUAUGACCUGGGAAGUGUCUCUGAUCUGUUACAUGGUAAAAGGGGAGAAGGCAGGACACCUCUGGACUGGGAAACUAGGCUUAAGAUCGCAAUUGGUGCUGCUAGAGGCAUUGCUUAUAUCCACACACAAAGCAAUGGAAAACUUGUUCAUGGAAACAUAAAAGCCUCCAACAUUUUCCUCAACUCCGAACGAUACGGUUGCAUUUCGGAUAUUGGUUUAGCACUGGCGAUGAGUCCAAUGCCUCCACCCAUACUGCGUGCUGCGGGUUACCGUGCUCCCGAAGUAACAGACACAAGGAAAGCAACUCAAGCAUCUGAUGUAUACAGCUUUGGGGUGUUUUUACUUGAGCUGUUAACCGGGAAAUCACCAAUACAUGCCACCGGUAGCGAGGAGAUUGUUCACUUGGUGAGGUGGGUGCAUUCGGUGGUUCGAGAAGAGUGGACGGCCGAAGUGUUCGACGUGGAACUCUUACGGUAUCCGAAUAUAGAGGAGGAGAUGGUGGAGAUGCUACAAAUUGCAAUGAGUUGUGUGGUGAGAGUGCCAGAGCAGAGACUGAAAAUGACAGAUGUAGCGAAAAUGGUGGAGGAAAAUUCGACGAGCUGGCAACGGGAAGCAAUCAUCUUUUGAAACUACACCGGAAACCUCGGGUUCAACAACAAUCCCACAUGUAGGAGCUGAAACAGCCUCCUGUUCAGCAGUUCCACUGUGAGAGAUUCAUUUAGAAUUAGUCUAGUUAUCUGGGCUAUUGUUUCAUUUAAACAG